AUGCCUGCGUACCACUCUAUCUUCCUCCAGGAGGCAGAUGUCCCAACCAUAGGAAAUUUUCCUCUCCUACCUCUUCGCACCCGAACGCGUGGCCCGGCCUACACCCUACCCCAACUAGCUCCCGGCACCGCAGAAUUCGAUAUAGACCCUGACAGCGAAUCGUACGACUGCCUCGACGAAAUCCUCUCCCUGUACCGCGCGAACACGUUCUUCCGCAAUUUUGAAAUCAAGGGUCCCGCUGACCGCAUGCUGAUAUAUGGCAUCCUCUUCAUAAGCGAGUGUCUGACGAAAGUGAAGCCAGGCAUGGCACCGAGAGAGGCGGAAAAGGUCCUUAUCAACACCUCACUCGACCACUUCGCAAUCCCUGGGGAUGCAUCUUUCCCCCUUAACCAGGCAUUCGAACCUCCGCGCGAUCGCCAGGACGCAGAGACCUUAAGACAGUAUAUUUCCCAAGUCCGACAAGAACUUGCCCUCCGAUUACAUUCCCGUUUGUACCCUGGGGGCGUCGGGCCGUCGAAGUGGUGGCUGGCUUUUUCCAAACGAAAGUUUAUGGGCAAACACCUUUGA